AGUUCAUUUAAUUCCAGCACUUCUCUACUUUCUCAAGCAAUACAACUCUCGCAAACAUGGCUGAACUUAACUUUAUGGAGGAAUUCGUCCUCUCUGGUCUAGCAGCAGUGGUGAGCAAAAGUGCCGCUGCUCCGAUAGAAAGAGUAAAGUUGCUGGUUCAGAACCAGGGAGAAAUGAUAAAACAAGGAACCCUGGACAAGCCGUACAAGGGAGUGCUUGACUGCACCGCCCGAACAUUUGCUAACGAGGGCUUACAGCCAUUCUGGAGAGGUAACCUGGCUAAUUGUCUGCGUUACUUUCCAACUCAAGCUCUUAACUUCGCUUUCAAGGGACAAGUCAAAAGAAUGUUUGCCGUGAAGAAGGAUGCUGCGAAAGCCAUAAAGUUCUCUUCAAACAUAGCAUCAGGCGGAGUAGCGGGCUCUCUUUCACUCUUCUUCGUAUACUCACUGGACUAUGCUAGGACUCGUCUAGCUAACGAUUCGAAAGUUGUUGGAGCCGAUGGUGUUGCUAAAAGACAGUACAACGGCUUAGUCGAUGUGUACAGCAAAACUUUGAAGAGUGAUGGAAUUGGAGGCCUUUAUCGAGGAUUUGUAAUCUCGUGUAUCGGAAUCUUUGUCUACAGAGGAUUAUACUUCGGUCUUUAUGACACCUUGAAACCCAUGCUCUUGGGCGAAGACGCUAGUUUUCUCAUGUCUUUCUGUCUUGGGUACGGUGUAACAGUUGGCUCUGGUCUCGUAUCAUACCCUCUUGACACAGUCCGAAGGAGGAUGAUGAUGACAAGUGGACAGGCUGUGAAAUAUAGCGGAUCCUGGGAUUGUGCUAUGCAAGUGAUAAAGACUGAAGGCGCCAUGUCUUUGAUGAAAGGAGCUGGUGCAAACAUCCUCCGAGGAGUUGCCGGUGCUGGUGUCCUGUCUGGAUUCGACUCAGUCAAGUCUGCCUACAUCAGUUUCAAGGUCGGCGGUAAAAAGUACUAAUCUUCGAACUUUACACGGCACUUAAAAGAGCUCUCUCGACUCUACAUAGAUGGUUUCUGUAUUGUAUUAAAAAUUAAAUAGUCAAAGAACUUAUUCGUAUUGAAAUUGUCAAUCACAAACAUGUUUACUUUCAGUCACAAUUAUUU